UUUGAGAUAACCUGAUUGAUAACGGGUCAAGUUUCUCCUCUUCUGAAUGAGGUUUAGCUAACUGGAUUCAGAUUGAUUCUAAUUUGAUUUGCUGUUGUAUUUAGCUUGCCGUACAAACAGAUCACGAAGCCAUGGCAAACAUGAAGACUGAGUUUAUGGCUUUAUGGGAUGGGUUUUCUACUGAUCCGAAUGUGAGGGUGAUGGUACUUGCUGCAACCAACAGACCAUCAGAGCUUGAUGAAGCAAUAUUGAGGCGUCUUCCUCAAGCCUUUGAGAUUGGAAUGCCUGGCCGUAAGGAGAAAGCUGAGAUUUUGAAAGUGGCGCUGAAAGGAGAAAGGGUGGAGCCCGAUAUUGACUACGAUCACUUAGCUCGUCUAUGCGAAGGCUACACCGGAUAGGACAUCUUUGAGCUCUGCAAGAAAACAUCUUACUUCCCUAUCAGAGAAAUCCUAGGGGAAGAGGGAAAAGGGAGACCAUGUCCUGUACCUAGGCCAUUCUCACAGUUGGAUUUGGAGAAAGUUCUUGAUUGGAUUUGGAGAAAGUUCUUGCUACGUCGAAGAAGACGCAAGUUGCAGCAGGCGAGUACUGUGGGUUGAGAGGGUCAAGGGAACCAGAUGAGGUGGAGGCAGCUAUAAGUGGAAUCUCGAAGCUACUGGUCUCUCAGUUCAUUAACCUUCAGUCUGGUUUUCAGGAUAAAACUAUUCAUGUAUGUUUAUAAAGGUUUAUAAAACCAAUCAUAUGGAUAUAUGAAAUAGUUUUGUAUAUAAAUCAUUUAUAAGA